GGCUCGACCGAGCGCGAGCGGCCGACUCUGACAGUGGCUCGGCCGACCGAUGACAGCCGAGGAGGCGUCAGUCUUCUGUGCGCCAGCGUGCCGUGUGGAGCGGUCGCUGUACGCGCGCGUUGAAACGUGCGGAGCAGCACGCGUGGACGGCCAGCUGUCAAACUCUCUGCGUGUGCGCUCCGGUAACGAUUCCGGUGAGUCCCCGCGCUUAAGUGAAUCAUUGCCGUCUGUCGCCCGGGGUCAAGUGACUCGUGAUCGUGCCGGCUUGAUUUCUUUGAUUCCGCGCGUCCCCGCGUAAUUCCUGCGCACGUAUACAGUCACUGAAAGAUGUGCGCCGUCCUCGACAUCGCGAAACCGGCAUCGAACGGUUUUCACCGAGAGGACGUCCGACGCGCGUACGCGAGUUACUCGUAAAGAAAAAGAAAAAAAGGAGAACGCGUAUCCCGCGCGAAAGGAUACACUCCCGUUUCUCAUUCCCGAAGAGUGACGCACGCGGCGGCGAUGACGGAACUCGCCAAGGAGGCGUUCACCUCUCGCAACUACCACCUAGCGGUCGAGCUGUACGAGCGAUGUCUGCAGCAGCAGGGCUCGAGCUACGAGGUGCUGCUCGGUUACGGCGACUCCCUGGUCAAGUGCGGCCGCGUCAGGGAGUCGAUCGAGAUCUACUCCAGGUGCUCGACCGCGAUGUCCGUGCCGGCCGAGAGACUGAAGCACCUGGCGACCGCGCUCCUCGAAGACAUGGUCAGCGUCGGUGCGAUGACGAGCACCAGACGGAGGCUCGAGACGUCCUUCGCGUGUCCCCUGUGCGAAGGUACCCUCUGCCAACCGGUGACCACCACCUGCGGCCACACGUACUGCAGGAACUGCGUGGAUCCGUCGAAGAACUGUCGUGUGUGCGGGGUCAAGAUCGCCGCUGUGAGUGAAACGAAUGUGCUAGUGCAAAGACUCGUGGAGCGAUGGUGGCCGCGGGAAGUGGAGGCCAGUCGGGCGAGGCACGAGGGUGAUAUCCUCAUGAGGAAGGGUCACCUAGGUCAAGCGCUCGAGAGAUACAACCUGGCGGUUCAUCUCGCACCGAAUAGUCCGCUCCACCUUAGCAACAGGGCUCACGUCUUACUCCUGUUGAAUAGGCCUUUAGCCGCUCUCACGGACGCUGAUCAUGCAGUUAGAUUGCGGCCAGACUGGGGCAAGGGACACUAUAGAAGAGGGAUUGCUUUGUCGGCGCUUGGAAGACACGAAGAAGCGCUCUAUGCUCUUUGCAUUAGCGUGGCCAUUGACAAAAAUCCACAAGCGGUACGCCAUGAGUUGACCAAAAUUCUGCACAGAGUGCUGUCGCCUAAGGUAUAUCGGCAGAGUGUCCUGUCAUCACGCACGCCAUACAGUUUAACGAAGAGCACGUCACGCAUGAGGAAUCGUCAUCAGCUAAUAAAUCCCAACCGCAGCCGAUGCGUUGCCCUGAACAGGUCCGAUUGCGAGGACAACAGCAGCGGCGAAGAAGAAUUCACACAGACAAUAAACAGAAGAAUUCGGUCCUCCAUUGUGCCACAAAUCAACACGAAACUACAAGCGAGUUUGAAUCGUGUAUAUCAGGAUAUAGAAAAAUUGAAAAGAAUCGAACCGAGACCCGCCGAAAUCCUCUUGCCAACUCUUUCCAGCAGCACGGCCGGAGAAUUGGAUUGCAUCUUAUGUUGCCGUCUGCUUUGGAAGCCCGUCACGACACCCUGCGGUCACACCUAUUGCUGGAUGUGCCUGGACCGCUGCCUGGAUUACUCUUCGGCUUGUCCCUUGUGCGUCACGUCUUUGGCUGACUAUCUAGCCAGUAGUCAAAAAACUGUGACGGAUUUUGUAGAGAAAGCGCUUAAAACAGUGGCGCCCGCGGAAUAUACCUCCAGAGCUGUGAGUCAUCAGCUCGAACUGGUCCAAGGGCUUGGUCUUUUGGAUAACGAACAAAUCGCCGUUUUCAUCUGCACGACAGCAUUUCCCUGUGUUGCCUGUCCCUUGUUUGUCUACGAGCCUAGAUACAGGCUGAUGGUCAGAAGAUGCGUGGAUAGCGGCAUACGCCAAUUUGGGAUCGCUGCGUGUCUCAACAAGGAGGCAACGGGUACGAAAAGAUAUGCGGAGUAUGGAACUAUCCUAGACAUUCGAGAUCGAGUAUUGCUCAAAGAUGGUUGCAGUAUUCUUAGCACGGUUGGUGGUAGAAGAUUCAGGGUUCUGUCUGGUGGAGAAAAGGAUGGUUACGAUACAGCACAGGUGGAAUUUCUCAGGGAUACCGUUGUACAAGAAGAUCAAUUAUUGAAUCUUUUGGAGCUUCAUAAUAAGGUACGGGCAAAGGGCCGAAGAUGGUGGGACACAGUGUCGAUCUCUCAGAAAUCCGAAAUCCAACGGGUGUUCGGACGUAUGCCGGACACAGAGGAGGACUGGCCACGUCUACCGGACGGUCCGUCAUGGGCAUGGUGGCUGCUUGCGAUUUUACCGUUGGGACCGCAGCUACAGGUGGGUAUCCUGGGCACUACUAGCUUGGAGAAGCGACUACGAGCUAUCGAGAAGACUCUCGAUCACAUGGAGCAAAGGCAACUGACAAUCGCGGCUGCCCCGUCCGAGCAAACGACGACAUCGUCGAGCAUCUGCAGGGACGGAAGAGCAAUUACGGAGACGGCGAUGUCGGUCAUUCAACAAUCGUAGAGAGCAACGAAAUACCUAACGCGAUACC